AUGCCGGGGAUCAGCGCCUUAGAGCUGCAUCCUGCCAGCUUGUACGCUGGCGACACGAUCGAGUAUUACUCUAUGGCAUUCGUUUCAGACGACCCGCGAGGGUAUCACACUGCAGUCGUCCUCCGGGUCCACGAGGAUGUCGCUGCAGAUUACCCCAUCGCCGUGGACACGGAGGAGCUCCUACCGCGCGACUUGAUGGUGCGCCUGUUGAUUGACCGGUUCGGAGAACGGUUCAAACCCACCUACGCGAUCUGGAGGAAACAACACUCGUACACACUAGUUCCCGGAGAGUUCAGCGCUUCUACUCGGUCCAGCUUCUUCUGUACAGCGAUCUCCGGUGCUGUUACUGAUUCAUUCGCAUCAAUUAUGCUACAACUACGUGGUCCACCUGAGGAAACUGCUGGAGACGGAUCAGAACCUGAACCCAAGCUCCACUGA